AUGUCUGCUCUUCGUGCAUUUACCUCUGCAACCAAGGCUGCUACUCAACAAUCUGCUUUCCGUCUCGCACCUGCCAUGGCUGUUGGCGCUACUCGUGCCUAUUCCUCCAAGACCAAGUCCUUGAAGGAGCGUCUCUCUGAACUCAUUCCUGAGGAACAAGCCAAGGUCAAGGCCUUCAAGAAGGAGUAUGGUUCCAAGGUUCUUGGUGAAGUUACUCUUGACCAAGCCUAUGGUGGUAUGCGUGGUAUCAAGGGUCUUGUUUGGGAAGGUUCAGUCCUCGAUGCUGAGGAGGGUAUCCGUUUCCGUGGUUUGACCAUUCCUGAUUGUCAAAAGGCCCUUCCUGGUGCCGAAGAGGGUGGUGAGCCUCUCCCUGAAUCUCUCUUCUGGUUGCUUGUUACCGGUGAAGUCCCUACUACCGAACAAGUCAAGUCUCUCUCUGCUGAAUGGGCUGCUCGUUCUGACAUCCCUGAAUUCGUUGAGGAACUCAUUGACCGUUGUCCCAAGACUCUUCACCCCAUGUCUCAAUUCUCUCUUGCUGUCAAUGCCCUUCAACACGAUUCUCAAUUCGCCAAGGCUUACACUGAGGGUAUUCACAAGUCUCAAUACUGGGAUCCUACCUUUGAGGAUACCAUGGAUUUGAUCGCCAAGCUCCCCAAGGUUGCUGCUCGUAUCUACCGUAACAUCUACAAGGAUGGUAAGCUCGCUGAGAUCGACGCCGACAAGGAUUACUCUUACAACUUCUCCAAGCUCUUGGGCUUCGAGAGCAACAAGGACUUUGUUGAAUUGAUGCGUCUCUACCUCACCAUUCACUCUGAUCACGAAGGUGGUAACGUCUCUGCUCACACUACCCAUUUGGUCGGUUCUGCCCUCUCUGAUCCUUAUCUCUCUUUCGCCGCCGGUUUGAACGGUUUGGCUGGUCCUCUCCACGGUUUGGCUAACCAAGAAGUCCUCCGUUGGACCUUGAAGUUGAAGGAUACUAUUGGUAUCGAUGCCUCUGAAGAAGAUAUCAAGAAGUACCUUUGGGAUACCCUCAACGGUGGCCAAGUCGUUCCUGGUUAUGGCCAUGCUGUCUUGCGUAAGACUGAUCCCCGUUACACUGCUCAACGUGAGUUCGCCUUGAAGCACUUGCCCGAUGAUCCUCUCUUUGGUUUGGUUUCCAAGUUGUACCACAUUAUUCCUGGAGUUCUUACUGAACAUGGUAAGACUAAGAACCCCUGGCCCAAUGUCGAUGCUCACUCUGGUGUCCUCCUCCAAUACUACGGUCUCACUGAACAAGAUUACUACACUGUUCUCUUUGGUGUUUCUCGUGCCCUCGGUGUUACAUCUCAGUUGAUCUGGGAUCGUGCUCUUGGUGCUCCCCUUGAGAGACCAAAGAGUUUCUCUACUCGUGCUUUGAUGAACAUGUUUGGUGCUGCCAAGUAA